AUGGCCUGCUCCUCUCUCUCCUCGGCCUGCUCCUCUCCCUCCUCGGCCUGCUCCUCUCUCUCCUCGGCCAGCUCCUCUCUCUCCUCGGCCAGCUCCUCUCCCUCCUCGGCCUGCUCCUCUCUCUCCUCGGCCUGCUCCUCUCCCUCCUCGGCCUGCUCCUCUCUCUCCUCGGCCUGCUCCUCUCUCUCCUCGGCCUGCUCCUCUCUCUCCUCGGCCUGCUCCUCUCCCUCCUCGGCCUGCUCCUCUCUCUCCUCGGCCUGCUCCUCUCUCUCCUCGGCCUGCUCCUCUCUCUCCUCGGCCUGCUCCUCUCUCUCCUCGGCCAGCUCCUCUCACUCCGCGACCUGCUCCUCUCCCUCCUUGGCCUGCUCCUCUCCCUCCUCGACCUGCUCCUCUCCCUCCUCGGCCAGCUCCUCUCACUCCUCGACCUGCUCCUCUCUCUCCUCGGCCAGCUCCUCUCCCUCCUCGACCUGCUCCUCUCCCUCCUCGGCCUGCUCCUCUCCCUCCUCGGCCUGCUCCUCUCUCUCCUCGGCCAGCUCCUCUCUCUCCUCGGCCUGCUCCUCUCACUCCUCGACCUGCUCCUCUCCCUCCUCGGCCUGCUCCUCUCUCUCCUCGCCCUCUCCUCUCCUCCUCGGCCUGCUCCUCUCCUCUCGGCCUCCUCUCCUCCUCGCUCUCCCUCCUCCCUCCUCGGCCUGCUCCUCUCCCUCCUCGGCCUGCUCCUCUCCCUCCUCGGCCUGCUCCUCUCUCUCCUCGGCCAGCUCCUCUCUCUCCUCGGCCUGCUCCUCUCACUCCUCGACCUGCUCCUCUCCCUCCUCGGCCUGCUCCUCUCUCUCCUCGGCCUGCUCCUCUCCCUCCCUGCUCGGCCUGCUCCUCUCCCUCCUCGGCCUGCUCCUCUCCCUCCUCGGCCUGCUCCUCUCCCUCCUCGGCCUGCUCCUCUCCCUCCUCGGCCUGCUCCUCUCCUCCUCGGCCUGCUCCUCUCUCUCCUCGGCCUGCUCCUCUCCUCUCGGCUGCUCCUCUCCUCCUCGGCCUGCUCCUCUCCCUCCUCGGCCUGCUCCUCUCCCUCCUCGGCCUGCUCCUCUCCUCCUCGGCUGCUCCUCUCUCCUCGGCCAGCUCCUCUCUCUCCUCGGCCUGCUCCUCUCACUCCUCGGCCUGCUCCUCUCCCUCCUCGGCCUGCUCCUCUCCCUCCUCGGCCUGCUCCUCUCUCUCCUCGGCCUGCUCCUCUCUCUCUCGGCUGCUCUCCUCCCGCCCUCUCCUCCUCUCUCCUCUCCUCCUCGGCCUGCUCCUCUCCUCUCCUCCUCGGCCCUCGGCUGCUCCUCUCUCCUCGGCCUGCUCCUCUCUCUCCUCGGCCUGCUCCUCUCUCUCCUCGGCCUGCUCCUCUCUCUCCUCGGCCUGCUCCUCUCCCUCCUCGGCCUGCUCCUCUCCCUCCUCGGCCUGCUCCUCUCACUCCUCGACCUGCUCCUCUCCCUCCUCGGCCUGCUCCUCUCCCUCCUUGGCCUGCUCCUCUCCCUCUUUGACCUGCCCCUCUCCCUCCUCUCCCUCCUCGGCCUGCUCCUCUCCCUCCUCUGA